CUGAUGCCUGAUGUGCAGGGAUGCUCUCUGCUGGGCAGGGGUGAUUGGUUUCAUCAUGAGGCCCCAUAGGCUUGGCCUGCUUUCUAGUUUCUCUCCAGCAGUUACCAUCACUGCCUCUAUUCCUUGGGGUGAUUCUCCCCGAGCCUGGCUGCAGAGUGUGAUGGGGUCUCCCGGCUCCCCCCCUUCCUGUGUGCCCUUGAAGACAAGCACAUGGCCCUUCAGUUUCAAGGUUUGAUUACUAAUGACCUGAGGGAAAUCAUUCUGAGCAAUAGUGGAAAAGAUGGUGCAUGACAGAGCACAAAGAAACUGCGAGGCUGUCGAAGUUCUUGGAGCAAUAGUUCCUGAGGCAACUCUGCCUGUUAGAGCUUCAGCCUCCUGAUUUUUGUGUUGUUGUGGCCCUUUUCCCAGCCUUCAGAUGUAUGCAUCUCCUUGUUUUUAGGUGAGCACUGGAGCUGUGUAUAUUCCAAAACUCUUCUAUCAGAACUGGACUAGAACAUCAAAUGCAUCAAUGAACCAAGGCAGUAACUUAAUCCAAGUCACUGCUUCGUGCCUCUGAUAAAGCAUUACAUCAUAUGUGGCCUCCUCGCUUGCAAAGUCAAGCUAUGUCAGCCAGGAAGGAGGUUGUGAAGUAGCUAAUGAAAGAUGUGGUUCUCUCUCUACCCUUUUGGUUUAUUUUCCCUCUCAUCUCCCUCCCGCUCCUGAGUGGGCCCCUUCCCUGCCUGGUAGCUCUCCCUCCUCUUUCCCCACCAAUUGCCUCACAAACAGACUUCCCACAUCCCAUCCUCUUGGAUGUGAAAGCCCACUUCAGUCAAAGGUGUGUUUUGUGUUCACUAUUAUGCCAAGCCAGUCAACGACAGCCAAAGGUAAGGUACAGGAAUCCUAGUCUGAGAGGGAGAGGAUGGAGAUAUAUGCCAAUCAGCUAUAUUGAUAAUCCUUUCCCAUAUCUUUGGACUCUAUCCAGUACUUAGUCUAUGGCAUUUUGAAUCCUCUUGAGUUGAUGGCAGAGCAGUAGGGAUGAGUGAAGCACAUGCUAUAGAGGCCCAGGGAAGGUUUAUCCUCAUAUCUGCCAUACAUGUGUAAAGUGCUUUUAACAAGUCUUAUUCAGUCACUGUGAGUGCUCCAGGAGAAAGGCGUUAUUUGACAUGACUGAGCUGACAUCCUGACCUUGAGCCCUGUGUUCCUCGCUGGCCACACUGCCUUGUCCGUGUAUUGCUCAGUGCACAUGUUUCCUUGGCCUUUGGAAAUGCACAGAUGUUUCCAAAGUGGUGGACAGAGCCAGUUCAGGCUGGAAUGAAACAACAGCUCUGUAGAAUUUAGACUAGCCACAAAGCCAGGCUCCUGAGGUGCUCUGCCCUUUCAGUCCCUGACAGGUCUUCUGCUGUGGGACAAUAGUGAUUAUGAAUUUCCUAAAUAUAACGUUGUGUGUAUAACCUUAAACAACAUGGAGGAAAAGAGAGAAAGCAUUCUAAUGAAAAAAGUAAACCUGGGCAGUUUUAAUCUGAUAAAUACCAUCUCCCUCCACAGAUUAUCAGUCACAAUAUCAAAGUAAGAGAAGGCCCGUCCUCCAUUGUCUGCUGCUGUCAUGAAGAUUUCAGAACCAUAUUUGGGAUUUUUUCAGAUGCAAUAGUAGUAAGAAAACAACCAUGAUAAAAUUAAAACAGAAGCUAACUUCAUACGAGGCACCAUGCUGAGUGCUUUUCCUACAUUCUUAUUUAAUCAUGGCCACCGCCCUGGGAGAUAAGUAGCUGUUGUCAUCACCUUUUUCCAAGUGAGGCUGUUACUGACACUUGAGGAGCCUAAGGAACCUACUGAAGUCACCCAGUGAGCGGCAUGGCCAGGAUUUACCGGCCCACGAGUGCAGAUCUGCCUCGGGGUCAUAGGAACACGCACAAGAGGCUGGGAUUCAAUCUCAGCACCACCACUUGCUUGUAGGGGGACUGUGAUCACAUGUCUUAGUUUCUCUGAGCUUCAGUUUUCCAUCUAAAACUGAGAGCAAUUACUACUUUGCAGUGUUGUUAAAAAGCUUCUGGAAAAUGAGUAUAAAAGGCCUAGCAAAGUAUUUGACUCACUGAUGGUGCUAAAUAAGUGAUAGCUGCCGCUGUUGUUUCUGAAUGUCUGAACACUUAGGCCCGUAGAGCCUCUUUCUGUUUAAAAACAGAAAGAAAUAUAAGGGUCCUGAUGUUAGAACAGUCGUCUCUUUGUGUGGUUUAAACUCGCAUUCUCCAACUCAGUGCCUUCCUGGUGACCAGAGGUGGACACUCAACCAAGAAUGUCAGCGGCUGAAGGAAAACAAAUAGGUUUUCCAGUACACAUUCUCCUGUUCUUCUCUCUUGAGAGCUGCUUCACAGGACUUCCCAGAGGGUUCAUUCCACCUAGAUGCACAGAGCAGUGGGCCCGAGAGGCAGGGACCUUUGAGGAUAAUCUGUCUUAAUUUUAUACCUUUCCAAGUAGAGUCCCAGAGAGGCGCGCCUAAUGUCACACAGGGAGUUUUUAACAAAGCUGAAGACCAAGCUUGUUUUUUUCCAUUCUGUAGCUCUACCCAGAACCAACCUGAGAAUGAUCAAGGAUAACAUUCUUUCUUUCUCUAAAUUUUUUCUUUUCAUCUUUUCUUAUGCCAAAAGGCUUCACCCAAAAAAUUGCCUGGGUGUACGCCAGUUUGCUGAGACAAUGAUGUGUGCCGUGCUGUACGAUGCGGCCAACAGCUUCGUCCACCAGCACUUUGUGGAGGUGUCCAUGUCGGAAGAAUUCCUGGCCCUGCCCUUUGAAGACGUGCUUGAGCUGGUGUCUCGGGAUGAGCUGAAUGUAAAAUCAGAGGAGCAGGUCUUUGAAGCCGCGUUGGCCUGGGUCAGAUAUGACCAGGAGCAGAGGGGGCCCUGCCUGCCUGAGCUGCUGUCCAACAUCCGCCUGCCCCUCUGUCGGCCCCAGUUCCUGUCAGACCGAGUGCAGCAGGAUGACUUGGUGCGUUGCUACCACAAAUGCAGGGACCUGGUAGACGAAGCAAAGGACUAUCACCUCAUGCCAGAGCGCCGGCCCCACCUGCCGGCCUUCAGAACUCGGCCUCGCUGCUGCACGUCCAUCGCUGGGCUUAUCUAUGCCGUGGGGGGCCUCAACUCAGCAGCAAAUUUUUAUGCAGGUGAUUCCCUGAAUGUGGUGGAAGUGUUUGACCCCAUCGCCAAUCGCUGGGAGAAGUGCCAUCCCAUGACAACAGCCCGCAGCCGCGUCGGUGUGGCUGUCGUGAACGGUCUUCUCUAUGCCAUCGGGGGGUAUGACGGCCAGCUCCGGCUGAGCACUGUGGAGGUCUACAACCCAGAGACGGACACAUGGACCAGAGUGGGGAGCAUGAAUAGCAAGAGAAGUGCCAUGGGGACUGUCGUGCUGGACGGGCAGAUCUACGUCUGUGGGGGCUAUGAUGGCAACUCUUCUCUCAACUCUGUGGAGACCUACUCACCUGAGACGGACAAGUGGACAGUGGUGACCCCGAUGAGCUCGAAUCGCAGUGCUGCUGGGGUUACAGUCUUUGAGGGCAGGAUAUAUGUGUCGGGUGGCCACGACGGUUUGCAGAUCUUCAACAGUGUGGAGCACUACAACCACCACACGGCGACCUGGCACCCGGCAGCUGGCAUGCUCAACAAGCGCUGCCGGCAUGGAGCUGCCUCCUUGGGAAGCAAGAUGUUUGUCUGUGGGGGCUACGACGGCUCUGGCUUCCUCAGCAUCGCCGAGAUGUACAGCUCUGUGGCAGACCAGUGGUCCCUGAUAGUCCCCAUGCACACACGCCGGAGUCGGGUCUCCCUGGUGGCCAGCUGUGGGCGUCUCUAUGCUGUGGGGGGCUAUGAUGGACAGUCGAACUUAAGCUCGGUGGAGAUGUAUGACCCCGAGACGGACCGCUGGACAUUUAUGGCCCCCAUGGCGUGUCAUGAGGGAGGGGUCGGCGUGGGCUGCAUCCCUCUCCUCACCAUCUAAGGCAGAGGAUGGGAUGUGGUGGGGUAGGGAUCUGGUACAAACAUAGGCACUUCCUUCCAGGGGCAGUCCCUCUCGGGAGAGGCGGUGGACCAGAAGAAGGGGUGAAAUGUGAGCUUGCCGGAGGUACAGUUUUUCCAGGUGCUUAAGUCCUCCUCACUGUGCUGCCCUUGUGACUUCAGGCCUAGGUCAUCAAGAUGCACAGCAUGGGACAAGCCCCUCUGGGUCCUGUAGCUGGUGACACGGGACUGCUUUGCUGGUCCACACAUACACAGGCUCCAUCCAAGCCCAGCUCCCACCUGCCACAGCUCUGUGGGCCGCCGGCUUGCAGAAGGCCUUCCAUCUCACUUCCUCCUCGCCUGCUGUUCUCUAGCCAGGGGUCGGCCAGUUUGCCAUGGGGUGGCUGCAGUGGCCAAGCCUGUUGGAAACUGGGGUGUGGCUGAGAGAGGGACACGCUCCAAGUGUUCUCACUGCCUGCAGUGAUAACAGCCACAGCAAUGUGCUAGUUGCACACAAGCACCUCCUUCUUCCAUAUUAGGGCACAGAGGAUUUUUGACCUCAAUGCUGGGUAACCAGGGAGAACAGAAGCUUUCCUAUGUCUAAUUUUGGGAUUUCCAUGAGGUCUUUUUCAUCUUGUUCAGGAGUAACAGAAGAGAAAAAAAGAUACUUGAAAGAAACUGAAGGAAAUUUAAACAAACACUUGAAAGAAACUGGAAAGAAAAAUACUUUUUUUUUAAGUGAACAUUUUUUGCAAGAAGAAAACAUAAACGACACUAAAGGCAAGUAUGUGUUUAAAAGGAAAAACCACCCAACGUGAAAAGGGCGGUAUCUGCUCCCACAUUCGGAUCCCAGGGUCCUAAGGCCUCGCACAGCACUUGGGGUUCCCUCUGAGCCCCAGCGUGUCUGGAAUCAGUGCAGUCUUGACUGGUCCUGUAGCAAGGUGCUCAUGGGGUUUGUCUUCACACCCACCAUCAGAGGACUUUUUUAAUUGUAGGCUUAGUGAGUUGGCAGAAUUACUGCCACUCCUCUAGUUGGGAGCUCCCAGCUUGUCACUGGAGGCUCCAGAUGCCCCUGUGGUUACCUCCCACUGCCACAUGGCACUCAUUCAGAUUCCCCAUUCCCACUUUGAUUCCUUCCUUAUUAGACCAGCAGGAAACAGCAGGUCUGGCCAGAUUCUCACUUGCCCAUCUAUCUGUCAUUUUGGGAUAGUUUUCCUCAUUGUGAAGCUUCUGGGGCACAUUGACCAUUUGUACCUCUAGAACCUAACCAGGGACUUGGUCCUUCCACCAGCCAUGGGCUGGCUUGGUCCAGUAACCUUGUCUACCCUGCCAGUCCACUACUCCUCCAUCUACUCGCCAAUUCCAGGGGUCUCGCCUCCCUCCAGCCCUUGCUAGACUGACCAGCAAGGUGGACCUUUACAUUCAAGCAAAGCUGGCUUUAUGAUAUAAAGAACUAAAGGCCGAAAGAAUCUCUUCCUGCUGCAAAGAACAGAUUUUAUAUUUCUUCCUUUGGAUCUUAGAACAUGACCUCUUGAAGAGACUUCAUGCUCCUUCUUCCUCCUCCCUGGAUGGGACCUUGAUGUAGCACAGCGGGACCCAAACAGGAGGACACUUUCUAUUACCAGUGCACUGGGCAGUGGGCUGUCCUUCAACUGCUGCUGCCAAAAUCUGGUUUUAUAAAAUUCUUCCAGUGGAGACUAAAAGAGAAUACAAUUCCUUUAAUGCAAGACUGGGUCUUAGGGUCCCAGUCUCUACCUGAUUGGUCUCUUGUCCCUUGCUGCCUGCCUGGGGUGGCCUGAAAGCCUGUUCAGAAAGGCACAACGUGGAGCCUGAGACUUCUCUCCCACCCCAGGACUGUGAGGUUUACCAGUGUGUGCAAUCACCAUGUAUUCAGAGGGAAGUACCUUUGUUACCUGCCACUUAGGAGCUGGGCCUCUGCUACACGCACUUGAAAAUGAUGUUUUUAUUUUAAAAGACUCAACAAUCUGAUACAGUUUAGCAUGGGAUCAGGGUCCAGCUAUGGCAUUUCUCACUUCCUCUUGGUUGGCCUGCAGAGGUAGACUCGGAAGGUGGUUGGGAUCUGUGUUUCCUGUUAGAGAGAAGUCUGUCAGUACUCUUAUUAUUAUAAGCCUCUUUCUUCUGCGAAUUUGAAGCAGCUCUGACGAGCCUGGAUUGUGAAAGUGUUAAGAAUCAGUCAGUGGGCCUCUCCAGGUCCUUAGGAUGCCGGCCCCCAUUUUGCUACUGGGGAUGAUAGAUCAUUUUCCGAUGGUCUACUGCUCUUGUAGUGGCCUUCCUAAGUCCACUCCCACCUCCUGGUGUAGAAGUUACACUGCUGCACCUGAGGUCAGUGUUUCCAAGUAGGAUGAAGCCAGUGCUUGGUUCGGCUCUGAGCACAAGUGAGCAAACAGCAGCAUUUUCACACUCUUCCCAGUUGGUUCCUCAGUCUAAUAAUGAAUGAAUGUUUGCAAAUGGCUGGUCUGGCCCUUGGGUGUGGGAGCCUUUCCAAUAGUACCGUGAAAGAAAGAGACAUCACCCAAGGAUACUGUGAGUGUAUAAGGAGGUAGGACAGAUAUUGUGCUCGGUGGGCCUUGGGAUCUAGCCCAGCUCUGAGCAGAGGACUGUGGCAUUCACUGUCCCUGGGCAUUUCCCCUUCUUAGAUAACACACAGAACUCUUCUGGGUUUCAUCUGAGAUCAAAGCCAGGAUGGGAGCUGAAGACCAGCCUUUUGAUUUGGCCACAGAGAUGUGACUAGGUAGAAAUUCUGCUCCUCCCCCCCAAUUUGUUGUUUCCCAGAAAAUCUUACUUCCUUUUAUUUAUAGAAUGCAUGUCUUUUGUGUUAAGAAACCAAAGAGAAAUAAAGAAUACACUCCUAAUA